UGUUAGAAACCUACAAUGUAUCGACUGGGUGGUAACAGUGUGGUCACGUUUAUCAGAAAUAAUGGGAGACUACUGUCUGUCGCACGGAUUCAAGAGGACCAAGAUGGGAGAAGAUUCAUAGGGAAAGGUUCUGCUUGGACAAGGCCAAUAUUCUCUCUCAGACCAUUGGAUAACCUAUGUAACCGACAGGUAACUCAGGUUGCAUGUGGAGACCAGCAUUCAAUUUUACUAACUCAGGAUGGUCAGGUUUUCACAUGGGGUCAGAACACCAGCGGUCAGCUGGGUUUGGGGUGGGGCGAGCCCAGCGACAUGUCCCCCAAGCCCCUGAAGUCUCUAUCAGGGAUCCCCCUGGUUCAGAUCACUGCAGGGGGAGAACACAGCUUCGCUCUGUCCCUUUCUGGAGCUGUGUUCGGCUGGGGCAAGAACACCGCCGGGCAACUGGGACUAGGGGACACAACAAACAGACGUGCUCCAGCUCAUGUUGAUUGCCUGAAUCUUAAGAAGACUGUUUUGAUUUCAUGUGGAGGAGAACAUACUGCCGUUCUGACAAAGGGAGGUGUGGUGUUCACAUUUGGCUCAGGCCGCUAUGGACAGCUUGGACACAACUCUCUCCGAGAUGAACUACGACCUCGAGUGGUGGGGCAACUUUGUGGAUUAAAGGUGACCCAGAUAGCCUGUGGAAGACACCACACAUUAGCAUUUGUGGGGCCCUCCAAUAAGAUCUACUCAUUUGGGCGUGGAGAGCAAGGGCAGCUGGGAAAUGGAGUAAAGAUUGAUCAGUCUGUGCCCCUUCCAGUACAACUGCCAGACCAGAUUGAUGACCAGAAAAUUGAACACAUUUUUGCUGGAGGAAACCAUUCCUUUGCGUUGUGCUCUCUUGGUCAGGGAAAUCACAAAAAUGUUUUCUUCUGCAUCGUGUUUAAAUGGGAGCUUUCUUGAUAAAAGUUGUGACAAACAUUUCCAAACCUCACCUAAACAAUCUGACCUCGAUUUGUCUCACCGGAAGCUGGCAAAAAAAGACAAAGUUUUGAGGUAUUUUCUGAAUAAAUAUAUAAAUUGAUAUGUAACCGUAUUCUGACAUGUAUCGUUGAUUGCACAUUGAAUUGCUGAAAUACUUCUAAAUUGUUGUCAUUAUCAUUUGAACGAGGGACGAUUCACACACCUCUAUCAUUGAACUAGGUUGAAGCUGUUGUCCAGCACACACUGCUUCCCUCCCUGUAUGAGGAGCCCAUUGGAGUGGAAAGCUUGGUACCUGGUUCUCCCUGAGCUCCUGAGGGUCCUUCACAAACAGCACAGAUGGACAGAUCUCACCGAACCCCUCUUUUACGCUGCUGCUACUCUCUGUUCAUCAUAUAUGCAUAGUCACUUUAACCAUACCUACAUGUACUGUACAUGCUACCUCAAUAAUCCUGACUAACCAGUGUCUGUAA